UGAACAUCUGACACAGAGAGCAGGAGAGAGGAGGAGACUCAGAAAGAGUAGGAUAAACAUCGGGAGAGACAGAACAAUGCCAAAAUUAAGACUAUUGCACACCAAGCGGUGGCUACUUCCUUGUUGCAGAAGGCUAUAUCCAUUCCGAAGCCAGCUACUGAUCUGAUUGAUAGGCCGGCACCGGUAACUGAGCUGCCAGCGCUGGCUAAUGAGAAGGAAGGUACUCGCUUUAGAAAUGGAAAGGGUAGUGACUAGCAUGCCUUUUUCCUCUCUUUUUUUAACAGUAGAUGGCACACUUUCAGAACAACACUAAGCCCAAUAUUUAUACCAGUAUACUAAUAAUUUAAGAAUUGAAAUUGCUGUUGUAAUGGCAAUAGUUUGUGUAAUUUCUCAUACUGUUUUCAUGGACUUUCCUGCUCAGUGUUUCAUGGUAAAGUGCAAUUUAUGGUGUCAUGUUUGAAAACAAUGACACUGAGUGAUGCAAUAUCACCAUUCAAUGUUAUUUAUGUUUGAGAACCAAGGAUUAUCUUGAGGAACCUGGAAAUGAGGUUAGAUUAGUCUUAGAACUAACUUAGAACAAUAAUUAGUAUACCUUCAAACAACUAAUCAAAAUGCAGGAUCAGAAGAGCAGAUAAAACAUUAUUUUAAUAAGGUGAAGUUUCUUGAGACUUAAUGGAGGGUUCUGAAGAGCUAAGAGGUGGAGGGUGAGCAGGGUUCGCUUGACUGAGAUCUAAGGAGUUGAAGGGCUUGGGCUGUCCACUGGAAAUUGAUCCAAAAAUGAUUCUUGAAGGCUUGACGUCUUGACUUUGGCAGGAGGCAGACUGAAGCUUGAAGCCAGCACUAGUAAGUCACAGGAGCUUGGAGCCAGGAGUUGAAAGUCACCUGAGAAGGAGCACACGAAGAGGUUGAUGGGUCCGUUCAUUGUCAUGCUGGGGAACAUUGUUGGGGAUGUGAUGUGUUUCCUGUUCCUGUUUGCUGAGAUCUUCAUCCCCUACACCUGCAGCUUCUGGAUCAUAUUUGGAGGGUACGUCCUCAGUUCCCAGCAUGCAGUGUGUCUCAGGUCUACUCUACAGCCUGUACCGAAUCACUCUGGUGGACGAGUAUGAGUAUGCUGCCAUGGUAACAGUGGACAACGUCAUGGCUCCUCUACUGUGUGGAACGUUCCUGGCAGCGUCCUCCAUCUUGUGUGUCGACCUGCUGAUCGCACUACUAACUGACACCUUCCAGAGGGUGCAUGAUAACUCACAGGCUAAUGCGGUGAUGCAGCAGGCUGCUGUCAUCUUGCAGGUGGAAGAGUCCAUGCCCUGCCUCCACCGUUUCUAUGACAACAAGUACAUCUCCAAACACUGCUCUCCACUGAGCGAGACCUGCGAUAAUAUCACAGAGACUCUGGACCAGUUUCUGGUCCUACAGAAGGCCAUGGAGACAACCAGGAGUUCAAAAGUCCAGACGGAACAAUACCAGCAGAACCAGCUUCAGGUCCAGGAGAACUAUGAGCUUCAAGACUUGCCCAUCCAAGAGUCACAAAAACCUCAGAAACAGGAACUUCAGGAACAAAAGAGCCAUCACUAUAAGGACCAAGAGAGCCCAGGGCAACAGAAUCAGCAGGACCAGGAUUCUCAGCACCUGCGACAGGAGCUCCAGGCCAUACAAGCAGAGUUGAAAGAGCUUCGAACUUUGGUCCAGCAGCUGGUUCAGAUCAGGAAUGACUUUGUUUAAAUAGACUAAGACCAUCUUAUACAAGUUCAGACCAGGUAUCUGGAUCUAGGUACCUUCAGAUUCUUGAGAGCUUGCAUACCUCUUAAAGUGGGGAGAUGUUUACGGAGUUCGUGAUGGACCCUGUAGGUACAUGUGGAUUUAUUGAUUUAAAUAUGUUUGACUUUAAAUGGCGGAAUAAAAAGUCCACCGCGUCAUAAAGCAUCUUUUGGGGGUUCAACGUGGUGUAACGUGUCAGCGCUGGGUCAGCAUUGGCCACGCCCAUCAUAGCACCAGUCAUCAGUUACCUUUAGCUUGCUGUACCAGCUGAGAUAUUUCUACUAAAACAUGUUGACCUGCAGCUGAGUGGAACAGCAAGCAUCAGGGAAAUAGAACAGCUUCUCUUACAAUGUCCCAUGAUGCUCCACAUCUAGCAUUACCUACGGGAAACACACCUGGAACCAGCAGGAAGGGUGUAUAUGUACAAAACUGUGGCAUACAGCCUUUUCCACUCAACAGUUCAGAUGUGUAAAUGAUGAAGUGACCAUGGAAAGGUGCGCAGGUCCACAGCAGAUUCUACAACCCCCAAAACACAUAAAAAUGCCUGAAAAAUGCAUGCCUGAAUAAAAUUAGAUGCAUUUCUUCAACCCUUUUUGAGCACAUGUAGGAGCUUGGCCUGUUUUUAAAGGUAGCAGUCUGAAUAUUAAACCUGAGCCGUGAGA